AUGUAAUAAUAAUAUUAGGAUGCUGAGUAUUUUAGAAAAAAAGAUGAAUGUCGUUUGAGGUCCUUUAAAAGGCUCAAAGAUCAAAUUGAAAAUAAAUGUAAUAUUGUCAAAGGAAGAAGUAGAGAGAUUACUGUCAAAAAAAAACUUAAGCCUUAUAAAUCACUAGAAACUAAAUUUUAAGAACACUCAGACACUUUUCGUACUCGAUUUGUGAACUCGCAAUUUUCGAACAUUAUCAAUGAAGUAAGCCACACUUGUGAGGAUAUUGUAUCGAGUAUAUCGAGAAUCAAAAAUGAGGAUAGAUAACGUAAUCGUGACAUUCAAGCUUUACUGAAAAAAAUAGAUAAUCCUUCUGAACUCAACAUCACCAGAUGGCAGACUGAUAGCAAAUAUAUAGAAAUAAAAGAAGAACUGAUAAAAAUGCAAUAAGAAUAAGGAUUACCCGAUUAUUGCAAAUUUUGCUUAAUAAACAGUAAAGAUUCAAUGAAGAGGAUGAACAGAUCCAAUCAGGAAAUUAAGGAAACGAGACUCUUGUUUUAGAUGAAGGAUAAAUUAACACCUAAUUAAUUGAAAAAGUACAUGGAACAGUUAUUGAAGAAAUAUCAGAGAAUCCAAUAGAAUCAGGAAUUGGAACCCAAUGGAGUGGGAUGGAAACUCAAAACCAAGUUGUAACCAUAUCAAAGUAGUGAUGAUUGGGUUGUUAUUCGAGAACAUAUGUUGGAGAAGAAGUAACCAUCAAUGCAAGACAAGAUGAAGAAGGCAGAGAAGACAUUUAAACGACAUUUACAUGAGUAGAAAUAUAGAGAUGCAGCCUUUAAGUAAUUGAAAUCCUAGAAUGAAGCAAUUUUAUAAUUCGAGAAGCGAGUGUUCAAAACAGAACCAGAAGAAGAUCUGAAGGAGCAAUUUCAGAUUAGACUCCAAGAUGCUAAAUGGUUUUGUGAAGAGAAUGCUAAAAAGAUUGACAAUUGCAAAACUGAUCUGAAAUAACAAUUAUACUAAAUAAAACGAGAACAUGAUCGAAUCUAUAAAAACGAAAACAACUAUAUAAAUCGACUACUCUCUUCGUGA